AUGGACGCAAAGAAAGAUGCUCCCCCUGGGGGGGAUGGAGGAAAGUCAGACACCCUCGGGUCAACUGGCUCGGCCAGGAAAAGAGGAGGGGGGGCCAAGAAGGCAAUGCAGGCGAACAAGUCUGCCCUCAGGGCCCCCCGAGCCCUCUGCUGCCUCACACUCAGCAACCCUAUCCGAAUGGCAGCACUGGCCCUGGUGGAGUGGAAAUAUCCUUCUCUGAGUCGCUGCAUGUUGCCCUUUGAUAUUUUCAUUCUACUUGCCAUUUUUGCCAACUGCGUGGCCAUGGGCGUCACCAAGCCGUACCCAGAUGACGACUCCAACGCUACCAAUCACCAACUGGAACAAGUUGAGUACGUCUUCCUCGUCAUCUUCACCAUCGAGACCUUCACUAAAAUUCUUGCCUAUGGCUUAGUCAUGCACCCCAGCGCCUACAUACGCAGCGGAUGGAACUUGCUUGAUUUCGUUAUCGUCAUUGUCGGGUUGUUCAGUGUGAUAGCAGAGGGCAUGACAGAUCAUAAGCCAGGAGAAGCUCAUCACGCUGCAGGAAAACCUGGAGGUCUGGACGUCAAAGCUCUCAGAGCAUUCAGAGUGUUACGACCGCUUCGGCUCGUAUCUGGAGUGCCAAGUUUACAGAUUGUUUUGAACUCCAUCAUGAAGGCCAUGGUCCCUCUAUUGCACAUUGGUAUGUUGGUCAUGUUUGUCAUCAUCAUCUACGCCAUCAUCGGCUUGGAGCUUUUUAUCGGCAGGAUGCACAAGACGUGCUACUCCUCCGCCUCAGGUCUGUGCUCUCCAAACUCAAACACAUUUACGUACAGUGCCCAUAUUUUAUUGUAUGUGUGCACUCACUGCUGCUCUCUGCUCCAGAUGAACGAUGCCAUUGGCUUUGAGAUUCCAUGGGUUUACUUUGUUUCUUUGGUCAUCUUCGGAUCCUUUUUCAUCAUCAAUCUCGUAUUGGGUGUGUUGAGCGGAGAGUUCUCCAAGGAAAGAGAGAAGGCCGUGGCUCGUGGCGAGCUGCAGAAGGCACAGGAGAGCAAGCAGAUGGAAGAGGACAUGAUAGGAUACAUGGACUGGCUUAUAGAGGCAGAGGAUGUGGAUGAAGAAGGAAACAAACGUGCUGCAAUCGCAAAGAAAAAGAUGAUGAAGAAGUUUGGCUGGUACAAACACAGUGAGGAUGGAGGAGAUGAUACUUGUCUCAACAGAGUCCGACUCGGAUGA